GGUUAUUAAGUUCUUUUUUGUCAUGAGAUUGGCAAGGUUUGGAGCUGCAGUCUUUAGACCUCCGUUGAUGAGUUGUUCUGCAGGCGGAAAAGCCGCUUGCGGGGGCGAUCCUAACUCAACAUCAGGAUAUCUCAAAAAGAAAGGAUUUGUUGAUGUGGACAGAUACUAUAGUAUAAAAAAGGGGGAUCCUCAUAUGUACUGCUACAAAGAUGAAUCUCAGACAUGGAGAGCAGUGGAGAAGAUAAACCUGUCAACCUCGAAAGUUUUAACUGACUUUGGGAUGAGCCCUCCAGCACUGCUGAUCGAGGAGGAAGCUACUAAUUCCAAGUGGUUGCUGCAGACGGGUGAUGAAGGUGAGAUAUUGCCCUGGCUCAAGUCUAUGGAGCAAAGUGGAGUUCAAUGUCUGGAACCUCAGGAGAAGAUCUGCGACCAGGCAGAAUGUGCCAGUAACAUCUACGAUUUCGAAGUCGGAGAUAUUGAUGGCAGUAAUGUGAAACUCGACAAAUACAAGGGGUACGUGACGUUAGUAGUUAACGUGGCGUCAGAAUGAGGAUUAACAGAAUUGAACUACACACAGCUACAGCAAAUUUACAGCGAAUACCAGGAAAAGGGUUUACGGAUCCUGGCCUUCCCUUGCAACCAGUUCGGAAAACAGGAGCCCGGUAAUCAUGAUGAGAUAAUAGAGUUUGUUUCUAAGUACGGGGUUACAUUUGACUUGUUCGGUAAAGUGGAAGUUAACGGACCUAACGCCACUCCUCUUUAUCAGUACCUAAAGAGCAGAGUAUCAGGAUCCCUGGGAUCUCUAGUUCGGUGGAACUUCCAGAAGUUUCUGAUAGACAGGAAUGGGGUUCCCAAGUUCAGAUACGAGCCGAAUGUUUCUCCGCAGACUAUACUCCAGGAUAUAAAGAAGCUUCUUUAAUGGCUGAUAAAACAUUGUAUUGAUUGUAAAUGUUUUUUUUGUGAGGGGGAAAUCCUAAUUCAUUCAUUUCAUAAUUAAUUGAAUCAUUUAGUAAACUUGUCAGAUUGAGGUUCGUAAAUUAUUAGUAGUCGUUAAAAUCCUCAUGAAACUGGGAUCCCCCAAACCAAAAAAAAUAAUUCCUAAAUCCCCGAACUUAUUUGAACCUGGUAAAAGGUUAUUUUAUUUCUGGUUGCAACAAAAAAUUUUCUGCUGUAAACAAAUCUGAAACGUGUAGUUCAAACCCGGUGCGGGACCUCUGAUUGGAAAUGUCUGUGUUUGCUGUUUUUGCUGUGCGGCAAUCACGUGACUUCUUUUUGGACCCCGCAAAAUCUCCUACAAUCUGCAUGUGUACUUGUCGCGCUGUUGCCAUAGCAAUGGGCACGCUUGUUGCACAUGUAUUUUGUGGAUGACGGUGGCUCUGAAACCGAAUUAUCGGAGGAGUCGACUUGAUGUGGAGAUUUUAUUUUAUAAUAUACUGUACAAAGUUAUUAAUAGAAUUAGAUUAUAACGUUGAUCCCGUUAAAAAUUAAUUAAUGAUACAAUUUCGAUAAUAUUUGAAAUUUCGAAUCA